AUGGGAGCAACAAUAUUACAGUUGCUAGUCGUGACAUUGAUAGGACUAUGCCUGGCACAGCCGACACCCCCGGGGCUGAGGGCACGAAUGACAACAAAGGGGAUGGAUUAUGUAUCCAGCGUAGCCGUGAAGAUUCUCAGAGAUAAAGUUCGAGGCAUGCACAUAAAUGAUGCUUCUGGCGAAGCAGAUAUUAAAGUUGGCAAAGUGAAAUACAGUUUUACUGGAAUGAAACUCGAUGGCUUCUCAGGUCUUGAUACUAAAGUUCAUCCUAUAGCAGGGAGAGGUUUGGAGUGGACAGCUAAUAUUGGCAACAUUAACAUAAAUGGCGACUGGAGAUACGAAGUGAGAGUGAUCUUCAAGAUCAAAGAUCAUGGUACCUUUACGGCUUCUGUUUCUGAAGUGAGAUUUAAGAUGGGCGUCUCACUCGACCACGAUCCUCAGGGCCAUCUCACAAUAAAAAGCACAAGUUGUAACGCGUAUGUCGGUGGAGCUAGAGUGAGAUUUAGCGGAGGUGCCAGCUGGCUCUACAAUCUCUUCUCGCACAACGUCGAGAAAACACUCAAAAAAGAGUUGACAGAUAUUAUUUGUCGUGAAGCAAGAAGAGCUGUGGACAAAAAAGCUGAGGAUUUCCUUUCGCAUAUACCACUAAGUGUUAGACUUGGAGAUCAUAAUGAAAUGAUGUUGGACUACGGACUAACUGCUGCUCCGAAUUUCGCAGCUGAUCACAUGGAAACGUAUCACAAGGGAGAGGUUCAUUGGGCAACAGGUGGGAAGAGAAGUUCAGCCUCGAGACCCGCUCCAUUUCCCGAUAGCACAGAGAGCACAAGCAUGCUGUACGUCUGGGCUUCCGAUUAUGUUCUACGUACUUUAGCAGACACUGCACAGACCCAUGGCAUAUUGCAGCAAAAAGUAAACCCUAAAGAUUUUCCCCUUGAGCAGAGAGGCGCUUUUAAUACCACUUGUCACGUAGGGCUGUGUAUAGGUGGCGUAAUUCCGGAGCUUGGGAAAAAGUUUCCAAAUACGACAGUAUCCUUGGGGCUGGCAAGCAAAGCCACACCAAAUGUUACUAUAACUCCUGAUGGUGUACAUUUACGUUUCCAAGGAAACAUCGAUUUCUCGGCGAAUCUACCUAACGGGGUAGAGAAACAUGCUUUCUCUGCAAAUACGAGUUUGUUCCUCGUGGCCAAUGCUUCUGUUAACACACAGACCAACAAAGUUACUUCACAGAUUGUCCACCAAAGGGUGAAGAUUGGUGUAUUGGAGUCGGCCAUUGGUAACAUAAGUGACGCUGGGUUGCAAUUCGCUGUCUCGACCAUCUUGAGGAUUUUCGUCAUCCCAAAACUCAACGAGCUCGGGGGAAAGGGGAUGCCCGUUCCAAAUUUUGGUCCUGUGAAAUUGCUUAACCCACAGUUACAUCUGCUCCAGAAUGCAAUCAUGGUGAAGACCGAUGCACGAUAUGUUCCUAAAGAUACAACACUUUAUUACUGAUAAUGAACAAUUUGAAACAGGGAAAAGAUGAGAAAAGAGGAUAAAAUGCUAAAACAGACGGAUUCUUCGUCAUAAGUGGCUAUUAGAGAGGAUGAAAUGCUUAACUACGAGACGGAUUCUUCGUCAUAACUCGCUAUUAGAGUUCCUCCACAGUGCAUUUUAUAACACUUCGAUUUCAAACUAUUGAUAGCUCUUCCUGUAUUUAUACAUUCUUGUAAUUUACAAUGCUAAUAACGUGAUGUAUGCAUUUUAUUUCGUUAUCAAGAAUGUUCAAAUUACGAACGAUGAGAACUUAUACUUGAAACAUUGAGGUUUGCACAGAUGAUCAACAUUCCGGCUAACCCUGUUUAUUUGCUCUACUUUGAUUGUAGAUGUCACCUAAGUAGUCCAAUUUGCUUGUGCCCUUUUUGAUUAGUAUUAUUAGUAUGAUAGUAUGAUAUGCAUGAAUAAAA